ACUUAGGAUCGUGUCGGAUGGAAGGGUGAAAAAUUUAAUUCAACUUUUCCUUGGUAAUUCGGAUUCAUUUCCAUUGAAAAAGUGUACCACUGCAAAGCGUAGUACGUUCCCCAUACGGGACAGUUAAAUUCGGACCCCAAUCAACCAACAAAACGGCACACUUCCGUGGCCAAGGAGAAGGACCAGGAGCCGACAUGGAUUUCUCGCCGAGUCCAGAGAGUGACAAUAGCAAUGGCUACUAUAGGAACCGAAACCGCAACCAGCGGGAUGACCAACGGGACCAGCGCGGCAACCGUGGACGCUCAAAGGAACGGAACCACUACCAGCGGAACCGGUACAGCCGCAGCAGGUCGCGUUCGUACAGCCGGGAGCGUUACAUCAGCGGGAAUAGCCGGCGCAGUCCGGAGCGGGAUUUGUACCGGGACUUGAUCGAUCAGGACUAUGGCGAUAACAGCUCGUACGAUAACCGGGAUCGCUAUCGGCAUCGUAGUCGAGACAGGGAUCGUCGGUCGUCGAGGGAACGGGAUCGCGAUCGGCGCGGCGAUCGCGACAAGUCCAGCAAGCGUGGCGGCUACUCGCCCCAGCCGCCGGACCCGACGGAUUUUGACGACAACUACGACAGCGACAACAACCAGGAGUUUUUCUACCAGCAGAAGCCAAACAACAAGAUCAUUGUGCGCGGGCUGGCCGCCCACAUUACGGAGGCCGAUAUCAACAGCGAUCUCAUCCAGUGCGGCCUGCAGGCUCUCCACGUGCGGCUGAUUCGGCGCAAGAAAACAGGUGCAUCGAGAGGGUUCGCUUUUGUCGAGUUCAGAACUGAAGAGGAAGCAACUCGCUGGAUUUGCUACAAACAGGGAAUGCUGAUCUUCAACGAUCACCGGGCCAUCAUGCAGUACACGUACUCGCUGCCGGCGGAGAUGCGCACCAACAAGCCCCAAACGGACUGGUACUGCGCCAAGUGUGGCGUGUUCAACUUCAAGCGGCGUGAGAACUGCUUCAAGUGCUUCGCGUCGCGCGAGGAAAGCGAAAAGGGCGGCGAGGGAAGCGACGAAAUCAGCAGCAUCCUCACGAAGAAGAUCAUGCUGCGCAACCUGGACGUGCUGACGAACGAGGAGAGCGUGCUGUGCGCGAUGCAGGAGAAGAUCCCCGAGCUGGUGUCGAAGAUUAGCAAAAUUAUGGUCUGCCGGGAUCCGCUGACGCAGACGUCGCGGGGCAUCUGCUAUCUGCACUUUGACAACCUGCUCGACUCGAUGAACACGCACAACGCGUUGAAGGCGAUCGAGCCGAUUCUGAAGAUCGACAACCGCGAGGUGCUGAUCACGUACUGCAUGGACACGGAGAACCGCAACUUGGUCAAGAGUGGCAAGGGCGGCGGAGGUGGAGGAAACCAGGGCAACGGGAACAACUACCAAGAUCCGUCCGGGGGAAAUCCACCCCCUGGUGCUUACCCCGGAAACUAUCAGUACACGAUGGCGGACGUUCCGCGGCUGGCAGAGUACAGUGCAGCGGUGUACGCGUCCAACCCGGCCGAGCACGAGCACUACCUGCAGUUUUACACCAACUACUACGUAACGCAGAUCUCGCAAGGACAGAUGAGCAACUUCCCCACCGAAGCGCAGCUCGGCGAAAAUGCCAACUCCGGCGCGGCCGUAGCGCAAUCCGCGCUAGCGCGUAAGCAAGGCUCCAAGGGCAAGUCGGACUCAACGGCAACUUCCGGCCCGGCUACCGUUGCCCCCCUGCAAAUCCCCAACGGAACCGACGGCAGGCAGUAUCCCCCGCCGGACGUGACCCAGUACCAGUACGACGAAACGUCCGGAUUCUACUACGACCCCUCAACCGGCCUCUAUUACGACUCCAACUCGCAGUACUACUACAACAACGAAACCUGCUCCUACCUUUACUGGGACGCCGAAAACAGCACGUACGUGGCAGCGCCAUCCUCUUCAACGACCACCCCUGCCGCGACCAUCUCAACCGAACCCCCACCGCCGGAACCACCCGCAGCUACCACCGCCGCCGCAAACGGCGAAAAACCAGAAAAGUCCAAAACCAAGGAGCAACCCCACGACAAGGUCAAGGUCGCCAAAAAGAUCGUCAAAGACAUGGAAAAGUGGGCCAAACAGCUGAACCAAAAGAAGGACUACAGCGUGCUCCAGCCCCCGGCCAAGGUCGAAGAGGCCACCCUCUACUCCUCCCAGGGCCAAAUCACCGUCAAACAACCCGCGGGACCCUCCGGCGGCGGAGGCUACGCCGACGUCGGCUUCUCCCUGCUCGAAAAGAAGCAAAGCACCGCGGCCGUCUCCAACUUCCUCAUGACACAGGCCAAGGCACCAACCGCCACGCCCAAAAGCGCCGCCAACACCCUCGUCUCCUCGUACGGUUCCGACUCGGACAACGAAGCCGACGGGGGCGACGGCUUCAGCGAGUCGGACUUUGUCGACUUUGAGAAGCUGACGUGUCUGCUGUGCAAGCGCGCAUUCCAGUCGCACGAAAUCCUGAACAAGCAUUUGAAAAUGUCCUCCCUGCACAAGGAGAACAUGCAGAAGAUGCGCGGACAGGGAGGAGGUGCGGGCGGCGGUGGCGGUGGCGGCGGUGGCAUCAACAAGGGCGGCUCGUACCGGGACCGGGCGAAGGAACGGCGGCUCAAGUACGGCGAAGCGGAUCCACCGCCGGUCAACAAAAGCAAGGAACGCUUCCAGCGUGAGCUCGAGAAGCAAUCGUCGGCACCGACGCCGAACCUGGCGGCCAUCCCGAUCGGCCAGAACAACGUCGGCAACAAGCUGCUCCAGAAGAUGGGCUGGUCCGAGGGGCAGGGCCUGGGUCGGAGUAACCAGGGCAGGACGAACAUCAUUGAGACUGAGACGCGGGUACAGAACGCCGGGCUGGGCAUCAAGGCGACCAAUUACGCGGCAACCGGGGACGAUUACAAGACUUAUAUCAAGAAGAUGAUGAAGUCGCGGUACGAGCAGGCGUAAACGGGAGGCUUGCUUUCUAACUGUCUUAUAUUAUUGUAGGUUUUAUUCUAGUUUCAAGAAUAUAUUGUUGUAGAAUUCCAAUUUGUAAUUAAUUAAAUAGAUAAUUUUUAUUCAUA